CAGUACCACGAACACUGUUGUGUUCCGGAGUGCACUGCGUCUUCAACAUAUAGCGCUGGACUCAGUUUUCAUGCUUUUCCACGAGACGAAACUCUGAGGCGACGAUGGCUAAUACUAAUUGGGUGGGAUAAGUUUGUUUUUACUUCACACAGCAGCCGUCACUUUCUCCCCGGGGACAUAUCUGAGGCUAAAUCAGAAGGUGGGAAAAGACGUUUGAAGAAGGGAGUUGUCCCUGUGUUGUUCAAAUGGAACAACUUCAAAAUCCCCCCACCGAGAGCCAGUGUGUGGGACCGUAUUGUCAGACCAGAGUCCUUUGACGAGCCCUCUGAUGAACAACCUAUGGAGUGCACUGCAGUGGUGGCCCACGAUUCUUCUGUCCCAGACCCUAUGGCUUUGGACAUGACAGCAACUGAAAACCUGCAGCUAAAAGAACAAAUUAGGUUGAUGAGUAUAGAAAUGGGGGAACUGAAAAUCCAGGCCACUUUUGGAUUACAUAGAUUCGCGGGAUCUGACGACGACAUCCGUUUCUACACAAGAUUUGCCGGUUAUCGUCAUUUAAUGAUUUUUUGGAGUCUCAUCGAGCCAUCAGUGCCCCUCAUGAUUCGGACAUCAAGAGCCAAAGCGGUUGAAAGGAAAAAGGAAACCAUCUCUGUGGUCCGUCCUGCACAUACGUCAUUACAAACCAUAGAUGAGUUCUUUCUCUUCUUAAUGUACCUGGUUGCUAGCUUAAAGGAGAGGGACCUAGCAAACAGGUUUUUUUUAGUGCACCAGUCCACUGUUAGCCGAAUAAUAUCUACAUGGACAAACUAUCUCUACACUAUCCUGGGCUCGGUGGGCAUCUGGAUGGAAAAGGAGGAUGUGCAAGCCAAUCUACCCAAAGUGUUCCAAGACUUCUCGGACACCCAGGUCAUUGUGGAUUGCACUGAGCUGAGAUGUCAGACGCCAUCAUCGCUGCUCCUACAGAAAUCUGGGCAGUAGGCUUCCAGUUGGGGCAGAGAAUGAAUGUCAUGAAAUUGCUUCGAGGCGAGCUCAUCCAGAAUGGUCAACCGAACAUGUGAUUGCUGCAAAAAGAGAAUGGAGCUGCAGGACCAGUGCUCUGCCAGUUUAAAUGUGCUAUGUGUUUGCAGUUUGUACAGUUUAAAUCAGCAUCAGAAUGCUAUUCUAUACAACUGCCAUAUCUAACAGCAUGAUUAUUAGACUUCAUUUUAGCCCAUAUACUAUGAUAUCAAUUACAUGUGUGAAAUGUAAUGUAGUAUGAAUUGCUUGUUAAUUAACCAGCAACAAUAAAUGCAUACAUUUGCAACCAAAUUGAUAAGAAUUAGACCUAAAUUUGAUACAUGUGCUCUCAGUGGUAAUUUCCAGUCUUCACAAGGUUCACUUGUCGACUUUGCAACAUUUUCCUCAGCUGAAGAGGUUAAUACAAAAUGACGGGCUAAACAUGGGAAUGCAUUUCUUUUUUUCCUUUUCUCUCAGUCUUUUCUCUGAUUAAAGCACUGAUCUGAUUCUGA